CAAGUUAUCUAGUUAUCUUGUAACAAAACAGCAUAAAGUCAUUCGGUUUCAUCAAAGACAUACAGGGCUCCAUUGGUUAUCGGCUGAUCGAAAUACAGUAGUAGGCAAAGUUUUAGACUUUGGCCUUCUAUCCUUGAAGACCCUGUAAUGCACUGGUAUUUCCAUCAGGCUACAGAAGACCCAUGUGGGAAACGUCACCUCUGGAGCGCUGAAGACUCGCCCCUUGUUGUGGUUUUUGACUCCAUCCGGAAGCGGAAGACUUCAGCGUUUUAGAGAAGUGAACUAAAGUUUGACAGAUUUCACGGAGUAGCGAUUCACUUUUUCUGUUUCCUUUCUGGACAUCGCAAUCUAAUGGUGUCCCUCCCCCGGCUGUAGCCGCCUGACCACAUACGAGGAGGAGCAGUACUGGUGCUUGGACUGGGUCGGACCAUGGAGCAGAGCGAGACAGCAGCAAGCAGAACCGUGCCUACUGAACCCGCAGGACCGGGUCUGGACCCGGGACGGCUGGCUCUAGAAUCUGGGAGCCAGGCCGUGGACCAGGGAGGACCGGGGAAAGAGCCUGGAGGUCUGGGUCUGGAUAUGGACCAGGGAGGGCCGGGGAUGGAGCCUGGGGCCCGGGUUGAGACAGCAGGCCAGGAGGAGGCGUCCCAGGCCCCCUGUCGAGCGCAGCACCCCUGGAGAGUGGCCUGUCUGAAGAGGAAAGCCUGGGCCCAGAGCAGGGGUUCCUGGCAGGAGUCCGAGUCCCAGGAUGGCGAGCCGGAAAGCAGCCUUCCUCCUCCUCCUCUUCCUCCUCCUCCUCUGCCCUCUCCGUCCGCUCCUCCGCCGGCUGUCAGUGGGGAGAAACCUGCUCCCGCAGACGACACAGGACGCAUUCCUAACAAGAUAGCCUGCUGGCUGAAGGACUGUAGCAGGACGCCACUGGGAGCGUCCCUGGACGACCAGAGCUCUUCUCCGUCUAAAGGAGGACUGAGAAACGGCUGCAGCUUUGAGGAUGACCUGUCCCUGGGGGCUGAGGCCAACCACCUUCUGCCCAGCAGUGCCAAAGCUGAGACACCCUGCUAUGGUCUGCCUGCGCGGGAGAAGAGAAGCCAGUUCAGACAGAAGGGCACUAGUAUGAACUCCACAGGCUCAGGAAAGAGCAGCACCACCGUCUCCAGUGUUUCAGAGCUGUUGGAGCUGUACGAGGAGGACCCGGAGGAGGUCCUGUACAACCUGGGCUUCGGCAGGGAGGAACCCGACAUCUCCACCAAGGUGCCGUCGCGUUUCUUCGGCAACACGUCAGGCGCCCGCGGCAUCGACAUCAAGGUGUACCUGGGAGCCCAGCUGCAGCGCAUGGAGCUGGAGAGCCCCAACUACGCCCUCACAAGUCGGUUUCGGCAGAUCGAGGUUCUGACCACCGUGGCCAACGAGUUCUUCACGCUGUACUCCCAGGUGUCGGGACAGCCCGUCCAGAAGAUCGGCGGGCGCGACGGCGAGCUCCCCGCGCCCCUGAAGAAGAGCAACUCGGCCCUCAAUGUGGCCAAGCUGCUGAAGAAGAGCCUCAGUAAGCCCAACGUGCUGUCUUCCUCCCAGACCACAGACGGCACCCCCUGCACCCCCGGCCCCCCUGCCCUGCAGCCCCCCUCCCCAGGCCCCCCAGAACCCCUCCCCGGCCCCGGCUCGGCUGACGGCUGCAGUACAGAGGCCGACCAGCGGGGGGAGCACAAGCAGAAGACCUUCCGGAAAAAGGACUCUCCCUCCCUGGCUACCGUUACCGAGGAAAGCAACGGCGUCAGCUUGGAACCGUCGCCGAGCAACGCACACGCGCUCUCACGCACACCUGCCCCGACCGGGGACGAGCCAGGGGGAGGUGGAGAUUUGGAGGGUGAGGACCAGCCUGUUCUUUUGGCACCGGAGGAGGCAGAUCUGAGGCAGUCUAGUGAGGCCGACCAGGAGAGGCAACAGGACAAGGUGAAGACUUUAACCACGGACAAACUGCUCCACCCACGCCCUGGUCUGCUGCCGAACCCGCACAUUGCUCACCUCCGCACUCAAACUAAGGACUCCUUUGAGAUGGAAGAGGUUCAGAGUAAUGAGGACGAGGCCCUUCCCGGAACGCGCAGCACCUCCAGGGCAGGUAGCGACCAGUUCCUGAGAACAGCCAGCCAGCACUCAGACAGUAGUGGAUUUGCUGAGGACCCCUCCACAGACAGCACUGCGUGCUACCUGAAGGUGCAGGAGAGCACCGACAGCUGCGACAGCGAGACCACGGUGACGUCACACGCUGGCGAAGUGACCACGCCCCUGGCCCAGGACCACCCUGCCUUCGAUAGGCUGCACGGCAGCGAAGGGGAGGAGUCCGAGGCUGGACCGCAUGUCGACCAGGAAGAGAUUCCCCAGUACACCGUCCACCAGAUCCCCAAACGUCCUGCCAGAGGAACCGACCAGGAGCAGCAGUCCGGCCCUGAAGAGGAACCGGCUCCAGCCCCUGACCUCCAUCCGCAGCCCCCGCACGCACCCGACCUCCAGCCCCAGGCCCAGCCCCAGGCCCAGGCCCAGCCCCAGGCCCAGCCCCAGGCCCAGCCAGCACCUGGACCUCCCUCGGCUCCACAUCCGGUUCCGGAAGAGGCAGGGCAGGAGGUGGAGGAGGUGGAGGAGGUAGAAGACAGGAGCAGGCUGGGCUCCGAGAGCAGGGUCCACAUGGCGCUGCUCCGGGCCCAGCAGCGGGCCUGCUCCGCGUGGGAGGAGGCCGAGGGACAGGGGAGACGGGUGGAGCUGCAGCCCAGGGACCUGCUGCGGGGCCGGGGCCGAGGCCUCUUCAGAGCUCCCAUGCAGAGGUCCAGCUCCCUCCCCACCUCCCUGCUCCAGCCCUCCAAGGUGGUGUCCUCGGUCAAGAUCCAGUUGGGGAGGGGCGCUCUCACAUGCUGCACCCCCCCUGCCUACUCCUACCACUAUAACCAGGAGGAUGAGGAGGAGGAGAGGAAGGACGAUGACCAGUCUCGUUGUCGCUCCACCCUGGUGAUAAACCCCGCCCCUGCAGAAGUUGACCAGUCCCCCGCGGUUCCCUACCCCCGGCCUCUCCCCAACCACUUGACCCGCUCCACCCAAUCCCUGCACAGCUCCAGCCCGCCUCCCGAUUGGUUCGUCCAACCCCUUGGAGACCACGCCCACUCCUGGAGCACAUGGAGUGUGCCCAACCUGUCCCAGCCCUACCCCCGACCCCACCCCACCCACGCUCACCUCGACCCCCACCCCCCGUACAGCCACCCAGGCCAUCUCCCCCACCCGGGCCCCAGCCUCGCUCAGUACACCCACCCGCCCAGCCUCUACCCCUCUCCCAGCCUCCCGUAUGGCAGUGCCUCCAACCUGCACCGUCAACAGGCGUCCGGCCCCUACCCUCCAGCUCCCAGCCCCCACCACCCGCCUCCCAGCCACCUCCAUGGCUUCCCUUACAGCUCCCAACCCCCCCCAGGCUCUUACUACCCCCCCUACCCCACCCCUCCUCCUGGCUCCCCCUACGACCCGCCCUACCACGGCUACCCCGCUAACCCCUACGGCCACAGCCUCGACAUGGCCUACUCCCUGCCCGCCCCCCACUUUGCUGGCCCCUACUUCAGCCUCUACAGAGGCCAGCCGUUUGCCCCUUCGCACUUCUCUUACCCCUCCUCCUUGUCUGCGGGCCCCUCCCCCUUCCAGGCUCCUCCCCCUGGCCCCUCCCCCUUCCAGGCUCCUCCCCCUGGCCCUUCCUCCACUGAGAUGCAGCUGCGGAGAGUGCUCCAUGACAUCAGAGGCACGGUCCACAGCCUGGCGCAGACUUCGGCAGAGCUCCGCUCCGACACGUCGUCCGAGGUGUACCCGGCUCACAGCCCCGGCCUGGCCCAGGGCAGCUUGGGCCUCGACCUGCACCAGGCCUCCCUGCUGGAGCUCCAGGGCAAGAGGAAGACGCUGAACGUGUUCAGGACCCAGAUGAUGGACCUGGAGCUGGGCCUCAUCCGACAGCAGGCCCUGGUCUAUCCUCACCUGGACCAGCACGAGAGGCAGGAGGCGGAGCAGCUGGAGCGUCUGCGCUCUGCAGUCCGACGGGAGCUGCAGGAACUGGAGCUGCAGCUGGAGGAACGCCUCCUCGCCCUGAACGAGCAGACGCGCUCCAACCAGCUCUCCAACCUCUACCGCCACCCGCUGAGAGUCCAGAGAGGUCACAGCGUGGACACCCUGUCGAACCACUCAGCUCUGAGGGCCAUGGAGCCAAUGUCUGACCUGCUGCGGGAACAGCUGUACCUGCAGACAGAGCUGGGCUACGAGGGCGGGGCCAGCCGAGGGGCCACGCCCAGCUCGGGCCGCUCCUCCAGGUCGGCCAGCCCCCUCCGAGGCUCCGCCCUCACUCCCGAGCCCGGCCAAUCGCGGAAGGCGGGGCUGUACAGAGCUUCUGUGACCAUCACGCCUGCCACGCCUUCGCGCCCCAACGCACACACCCCUCGGGUGGCCCAAGACACACACACACGCCUGGGGGAGGAGGAGCCUGGCCCAGGGGAAGGAGGGGACAGACCGGGUGGAGAGAAGAAGAAUGAGGAGGGAAGGCAAGAAAACCCUCAACUACAGCAGCUAAUGAAGGAGAUCAGAGACAGCCUUGCUGAUGAGAUCCGCCAAGAGAUACUCCACGAGCUCCUCUCUGCUGUGUCGCCACGACGAUCUCCAGUGGCAACCAGAGAGUGCCCCCUGUAACUGUGGCGACAGCCGGGAAAGGCAAAGAAGCACAGUUGUCCCCCCAUACUGAACACUGUAGGAGCCCCCCCCCAUACUGAACACUGUAGGAGCCCCCCCAUACUGAACACUGUAGGAGCCCCCCCCAUACUGAACACUCUAAGAGCCCCCCAUACUGAACACUGUAGGAGCCCCCCCAUACUGAACACUGUAGGAGCCCCCCCAUACUGAACACUGUAGGAGCCCCCCCCCAUACUGAACACUGUAGGAGCCCCCCCAUACUGAACACUGUAGGAGCCCCCUCCAUACUGAACACUGUAGGAGCCCCCCCCAUACUGAACACUGUAGGAGCCCCCCCCCAUACUGAACACUGUAGGAGCCCCCUCCAUACUGAACACUGUAGGAGCCCCCUCCAUACUGAACACUGUAGGAGCCCCCCCCAUACUGAACACUGUAGGAGCCCCCCCCCCAUACUGAACACUGUAGGAGCCCCCCCCCCAUACUGAACACUGUAGGAGCCCCCCCCCCAUACUGAACACUGUAGGAGCCCCCCCCAUACUGAACACUGUAGGAGCCCCCCCAUACUGAACACUGUAGGAGCCCCCCCAUACUGAACACUGUAGGAGCCCCCCCCAUACUGAACACUGUAGGAGCCCCCCCCCAUACUGAACACUGUAGGAGCCCCCCCAUACUGAACACUGUAGGAGCCCCCCCCCCCUUACUGAACACUGCAGGAGCCCCCCCCUUACUGAACACUGUAGGAGCCCCAUACUGAACACUGUAGGAGCCCCCCCCAUACUGAACACUGCAGGAGCCCCCCCCCUUACUGAACACUGCAGGAGCCCCCCCCUUACUGAACACUGUAGGAGUCUGAACACUGGUGAUGCAGACCCUGUUUUCUAUAAUACUUUAUGUCAGGAUGUGGGCCACUGUCUACAUCGUCUACAACCGUGAUCACGAACACGCCUUAAACAUGCCGAUGCCUUAACUCCGACUGUGGAUAUCAACACCAUGACACGCCUCAACAUGCACCAGCCAGGCCUCAACAUGCACCAGCCAGGCCUCAACCUGCACCAGCCAGGCCUGAACAUGCACCAGCCAGGCCUCAACAUGCACCAGCCAGGCCUGAACAUGCACCAGCCAGGCCUCAACAUGCACCAGCCAGGCCUCAACCUGCACCAGCCAGGCCUCAACAUGCACCAGCCAGGCCUCAACAUGCACCAGCCAGGCCUCAACCUGCACCAGCCAGGCCUCAACCUGCACCAGCCAGGCCUGAACAUGCACCAGCCAGGCCUGAACAUGCACCAGCCAGGCCUCAACAUGCACCAGCCAGGCCUCAACAUGCACCAGCCAGGCCUCAACCUGCACCAGCCAGGCCUCAACAUGCACCAGCCAGGCCUCAACCUGCACCAGCCAGGCCUCAACAUGCACCAGCCAGGCCUCGACAUGCACCAGCCAGGCCUCGACAUGCACCAGCCAGGCCUCGACAUGCACCAGCCAGGCCUUCUCACUAAGCUGCUGGGGAUUGGCUCCUCUCCACUUCCUGUCACAGUCUUUUAGAGUGUAUGUGAGGAGAGACAGAGCUGCAAGUGGCUCUGAAUUAAGAGAGAGAGAGAGAGAGAGAGAGAGAGAGAGAGAGUGUCUGUGCUGUGCUGUGCUGUGUGACUGUGCCAGUGUAGGAGGUGUCUUGGGCUUGUUACAGUAGGUGAUGUUGGUCUAUCUGUAUGUCUACACAGGUCAUUGGAAGGGUACCGUAUGUAGCCACGGUGAUGGUGAGGCACGGGUGGGAGGAGUCUGUUGUAACCACACCCUCUUAGGGGAAGUAUCCGUGCAAUACAUUUGAUUGUGGACUUGACUUCAGUGAAUGCUUACACUGUGAUGAUCAAACCACUCUUUACAUUUACUCUAUGCAUUCACUCUAGGCCUUGACUGUCUGUCUGCCUGUCUUUAAGAACCCUACUUCUGUGAACAAAACUACUAAAAAGCCUAACAUUACACACUUCAAAAUCCAUUCCUAACUGUUAAAACCACCACAUGUGUUGUUUAGAAGUGUAUUUGAUGCUAGGACCAUGUAUUGACGAGAGAGAGAUGUGGGAGAGACGUACUGUAGGGUGACUUGUACCUGGCAUGGGUCCUUCUCUGGGAUGCUGUGCGUGUGUGACACCAGUGGGAGAUUCAGUCGCAGAGCGUGUCAAGUGUUAGAACAUGUUGUCCUGCUGUAUAUGUGAUUCUGAAUGAACCUGAGGAGUGUCUUUUGAAUCCUAGAGCGCUUCGACCUGCUGUUGUUGUUGUUGUUUACCUGUGUCCACUGUUGCUGGGAUGCGUGAGGGAUUAUUUCAAGACGAUAAUAAAGAUGUAAUUUAUUUUCACUAUA